AGAAAACCUAAUUUAAUUGAGUGUAGAUUAUUGCACGGCGGCGAUUAGUUGUUAAAAGAGAAGAAAAAUUAUUACACGGCGGUGGAGAGGAAGGAGAGAAAGAGGUUGACUACGACAAUGGCGGUUCCGAGGGGAGACAAUGGUUUGAUGGAAGAAGAUGAGGUUGACGGAGAUAACGCUAUUUUUGAGGAAAACGGUGUUGACUCCGACAGCGACCCCGAGCUGUCCUCGAACCUCCGUGACUUGGCCGCCGCAGCUCAGUCCGGUGACGUCGUCGCCUUGCGCACCGCAAUUGACAAUGUGAACGGGAGAGUUGAUGAGCCACUUGAGGAUAAGGACUCGGCACUUCACCUGGCGUGUCUAUAUGGUCACCUCCCUUGUGUCCAGCUUCUCCUAGAGAGAGGAGCUAAUAUGGAGGUCAAAGAUGAGGAUGAAGCAAUCCCUCUACAUGAUGCUUGUGCUGGAGGGUACUUGGAAAUAAUUGGGCUUCUUUUUAGCCGAGCUAGUGGUACCGAAUCUGUGAAGAGAAUGAUCGAAACAGUCGAUAUAGAAGGUGACACUCCUCUGCAUCAUGCAGCGAGAGGUGAGCAUGUCGAUGUGAUUAGGUUUUUGCUGGAUUCAGGGGCUUCACCAACGAUGAAAAACUCAUAUGGGAAGACACCAGGUGAAUUAGCUGAUGUGAACACUGAUGCUAGGCGGAUCCUCGAAGUUGCUAUAGGCGACUCAAUAAUCUCCUAGUGAUUCUGCCGAUUACUCUGCAGAAUUCUCCUGCCAGUUUUUGGGGAGUCAAUGAAGUAGAGAAGGAUUUAAAUGUUUUACUUGUUUUCUAAUCUUAUUUUUGGUGGUUUCUCAUACAAAGGUUUUUAAUCUAAAAGAGUGACUGAUGCCUAUGAAUUAAGAACAUCGUGUCUGUUUUAGUUAUGAUAAAUUUUUUUUUUUUUUGGUUAAGCAUUUAGAGGCAUAUAAAAGUGAACAAAGCAAAUCAAGGCAAUGGUUGUAGCCAAUUACUGUUUUUCUAAAAGCUUUUGUAGACUAUCUUAAUUAUGAUGAUAAUUAUUCCUUUUGAAGAGUUUAUUUCAACA